AUGAUAGCUAAAAUCUUUCUCAUCAUGUUUCUAUUGGGUCUGAAGAGUACAGUUUUUGGAGAAUCUAUUAAGAGUUCUAUAAAUGAAUUUGAAGAAUUACACUGUCAAUUAAUUUGUGAAACAUGUGUUAUGAAUGUUCGUGGUAUUCGAUGGUUGCUUCUACAAAGUUAUACACGAAAGAUUAUAGCUGAACUGUUAUCUAUAUUGUGUAAUUUCUUUCCAUAUAAACAACCUCGUGCUCAAUGUAAACGCUUCUUUAAAGGACCAUUUGAUGGGCUGGUUCAUGAUUUUGUUGUUAAUAUGAGUGUUUAUGAACCAUGUCAAUAUCUUGGACUUUGUGAAACAGUUCAAGAAGAAUUGAUGAUAAGUCCAGAUGAUUCAUUCUAUACCAAUCUAUUGAUGAAAACAUUGAGCAUAGUAAAAGAAGAUAUAGAGUCAAUUAUUACACCAGAGUCUAUUGAACAAGCAGCUAUAAAACUUUGUUCUUCUGAUAACACGUGUAUAAGAACUUUCGAGAAAUCUGCCAUUGAUCUCAUCAAAGUUAUUACUAAAAAUUCAGAUGGUGAAUGGUUCUCAGACGAUUUUUGA